CGAGUUUAUACUGGCUUGGUCGAAUGCUUAUAGCGGGAGAAGACCCUUUAUAUAUAGCAAGACGAUUGAUUGUUGUUGCUUCCGAAGAUGUGGGACUUGCAGACAACAACGCACUUCCUUUGGCAACUGCAACAUACCAAGCAUGUCAAUUCAUUGGUAUGCCAGAAUGUGAAAUUAAUUUGGCUCAUUGUGUUACAUACUUAGCGGAGGCUCCAAAGAGCGUUCGUGUUUAUAAAGCUUAUGGAUUAGUAAAACAAACAGUCCAAAGUGAAUAUGCCUAUCCGGUUCCCUUACACAUUAGAAAUGCUCCAACAAAAUUGAUGAAGGAUCUUGGCUAUGGUUUUAGCUAUAAAUAUAAUCCUGACUAUGAAGGACCUGUUAACCAAGAAUAUUUACCGAAAGAACUUAAAUGUAAAGUAUUUUUGGAUGUUUAUGGACCAACGAAACGCGACGAAUCGGCAGAUUAA